UCGUGGGGCGGGACCAGGAGAUGCAUCGCGCCUGCGCGAAGGCAGGACGGCGGGCUGCGACGUAACGUUUGAAACGAGUGGCGGGGAAGCGCUGCCGGAGCCGGGGCGUUCGCUGUUUGCCCGGUGUAAGGCGCGCCUUCGUCUGUGGGCCGAGCCAUGGCGCUGCAGCUCACCCGGGAGCAGGGUAUUACCCUCCGCGGGAGCGCCGAAAUCGUGGCCGAGUUCUUCUCAUUUGGCAUUAACAGCAUUUUAUAUCAGCGUGGCAUAUAUCCAUCUGAAACCUUUACUCGAGUGCAAAAAUAUGGACUCACCUUGCUUGUGACUACAGAUCCUGAACUCAUCAAAUAUCUGAAUAAUGUGGUGGAACAACUAAAAGAAUGGUUAUACAAAUGUUCUGUUCAGAAACUGGUGGUAGUCAUCUCAAAUAUUGAAAGUGGUGAGGUCCUUGAAAGAUGGCAGUUUGAUAUUGAGUGUGACAAGACUGCAAAAGAUGACAGUGCAGCCAGAGAAAAGUCUCAGAAAGCUAUCCAAGAUGAGAUCCGUUCAGUGAUCAGACAGAUCACAGCUACAGUAACAUUUCUGCCGCUGUUGGAAGUUUCCUGUUCGUUUGAUCUACUGAUUUACACAGAUAAAGAUUUGGUUGUACCUGAGAAAUGGGAAGAAUCAGGACCACAGUUCAUUACCAAUUCUGAGGAAGUCCGUCUUCGUUCAUUCACUACUACAAUCCACAAAGUAAAUAGCAUGGUGGCCUACAAAAUUCCUGUCAAUGACUGAGAGAUGAGCUGAGAAAAAUAAUGUACUUGCAAUUCUCAAAUGUGUUUUCCUGAAAGGAAGUCAACUACAAGUUGAUAUGUUUUAUUUCGCUGGUUAAUUUUUAGGUGGGGAAACAACAUUAUACCCUACUGAAGUGUGCAUCAUCCAUUUUUUGUACCUGUUUAAUGUUCCGUGGAGUUGACAUCAUGAAUUUGAGGAGAUGAUGGCAUUAUCCCCUCAUGAAUGUAUUUGGCUAAAUAGAUGAGCACAAAAGCAUGUUGCACGUUGUCCAAAAGGGAAUCAGUGUUCUAAUGUCCGUUCUUUUGAAGGUGGCAACGGUAGUUGGAAAAACUUUAACUAUAAAGCUAAAUAACUUCCUAAAUCAGACAUUUUGGUCAAGUAGCUUGAGUCAGAAUAUAGGUAGGGUGAUAUUUAAUCGUAAAUUACAGCAAAAGAAACCUGGAUAUUCAGAAUCUUUGUUUAGAUCCUGAAAAUAACUAAUAUAAUCCAUAGGUCAAGAAAUAUUGAGGUCCUUCCAGCAUUUUUUUAGAUACAAAGUUCCCAUGUUGAAAAAAUUUCCGAUUAUUUGACUUUAAUUUAUAUGACUUUACCUGUGAAGCUAUGAGUGUUUCUACUGUUUAAUUUCCUGUAAUAGAGAACUCUUUGAAAAUGUCCUUUUAUGUUUGAUAAAAAUCAAGCUUUUAAUGACAAUUGUGAAAUAAAGUUAAAUUUAAAUUUGUUUUAAAAUAUUUUGAUAUUGGUGUUAAAUGGUAGCUAGGAUGGGUUCAGUAUUGCAAAUGAUUUUUUUGUGUCACCUAGGCUAUAGGUCCAAAGCAUACAAAGGCAAGGAAAUCUUGAGGUACCUUGAAUCUAUUGUUUGAUUAUACCACUUUAAUCUCAUAAUAAUCGACUUAAAAUAAACUUUGGUUGUUUGUGUAAAAAGAGAUAUGCCACUUGGAAUUAGUUCAGUUUAGCAAAUGUUGGAUUGUGGUACCUUUAGGAGUCCCUGGGUGGCGAAAAAAUUAAGCACUGGACUAGUAACGAAAAGUUUGGUGGUUCAAACUCACCUACAGGCAACUCAUAAAUAAGGCCUGGCAAUCUGCUUUCAAAAUUUCACAGCCUUGAAAACCAUGGAGCAGUUCUACUCUGUGUACAGUGGGUUGCCAUGAGGUAAAAUCAACUCGAGGGCAACUGACAAUAACCACAAAGUGCCUUUCUACACUCUUAGCCUUACCUUCUUGACUUAUGUGUAAGAUUUCUCACUAUAUCCUUAAUAUAGCCUUUUUUUACUGUCAGCUUCGUAAUCUUUCUAUACUUAGACAGCUUGCUUAUCCCUGUGCCUGCAUUAAUAUCAUCAUCAGGUGUGUUCUAUCUAGUUCCCACCUAUUUUUCCAAGGUCAAUUUAUUGCAGACUUCAAAGAAGUCUUUUAUAAUCUGUAUUCUAAAUCUCAUCUCUCUUGUAGCGAUUAAAUUUAUUAAGUUGCUACAGAGUCCAUUCAACAUGGUUCUCAGCUCUUAUGUACUAACUCAUUUAACUUUCACUUUUAAGUGAAUACACAUAGCCUGUAUCCGUUUAUUCAAAAAUUACAUUUUGAACAUCUGUUAAUGUGCAAAACUACUGUGUUACCAGUGCCAGGAUGAAUGAAACAACGUUCUGGCCUUUCCAAGCUUAAAAUCUUAGGAGGCAAAGGAAAAUAUAUUGCAGAGGACCAUAAAGUAGCCACACAUGUCAUUUAAUUAUGUAUUUCUUUGUCUUCAUUAGGUCACCUGAUGAAUCAUAUCUUCUUAAUCUGAUUGCAUGCUUUCUAAGAACAAAGUGCAUUGUCUUACAUUCCUUCAUCUCAGUGCUUGGCAAAUAGAUGCCACUAUUUGAUGCUGGUUAGCUGUUAAGAAAGCCCAUACCCUAAGGAGCUGUCAAAGCUCCCUUAAUGAGGCCCAGGUGGCUAGAAAGGGUUACCUGCAAGUCUGUUUUCCUGAAUAAGAAAAAUAAUAAUGCAGAAAUGGAAGCAUUUUUGAAUUAGGCAUAAUCAAAAGUCUCUAGGUUUCCAAACAACAUAUAGUUUAAUACAAAGUGGACACUAUUAAAAUUAAGGCAUUCAUUUGAAUUCUUGGACAGUUCAUAACCUCUAACAUUUGAAAUACAGGUUGAGAAGGGAAGCAGAAAUAAAACAUUGGAAUAAAUAAGGAGAGAUGAAAAUUCUGGUUGUAUUUUUAGGUAGUAUGUUUGAAAAUCUUUAAAGAAAGCAAGGACUGUUUAGCCUUCAAGAAGCAUUGAAUGCCUAUGUAGUAAACAAUGGAAAUGAUAAAUAAGAUACGGUUCUUCCCCAAAAGGAGCUCACAUAUUACUGAUCACACUAAAAUUUCAGGCAUUCAUGUCUUUAUUUGGCAAAUUAAAUGAUCUUGUUUUAAUUUGUGAUUUAGUAUAGCACUGACUUCUUUCUCCUUUAAGAGACAUCUCCAGAAAUUAAUGCUGUGGAUUUUAAUGUUUCUCGUUCAAAGUAGUUUUAAUGAUAGGAGCUUCUGUCCUAUGGUCUGUAGCUGCAACUCUGUAGUACCAAUUCUGCAUCAGGUAAGCUCUUGUUUUGAAAAUAAAAGCUGGUUUAGGGAAGGUUUAGUGGAAGAAUGUUAACUGCAUAAGGAAUCAAAGGCUGAAAACCUGAGAAGUAGGGCAGCUUUAGAGUUCUCAGUGACAGAAACUGGAUUCUAUAUUUCUAUGUAAUAAAUAGACCUUUCCCCAAAUGACCUUGCUUGAUGAAUUCCAGAAAAAUGUCAGUGGAAAGUUUUGCCUUUCAGUUUGAGAAUAAAGAAUAUAAAACUCUGAAAUCACAUUUUCAAAGGUUCAGAAUAUAUUUCAGUCUCUUCAUCUCAGCUAAUACUGUUAACAGAGUUAAAUUUUUCAAUUUUACAUUUGCAUGACACUGUUUACUGUUGUAGGGUUCUAAAGACCAGGCUAUGUAUCACUUAAGAAAUAAACAUCUUGGAGUUGAAUAGGAGUCAAGCUAUGAGCUUUAUUAAAGAGAGAUGAGAAAACAGCUUUGGUCUAUGACUUCAAUUCGACUUGUCCCAAUUCUACCCCUUUAGGCGUACCUUAGGGGAAGACAUUUAAAGCAAAGAGCUGUAAGGAUUGUGACAGGCUUCUACACCAUUUUAAGCAGAGACAUGAAGAUUCCAAGAGUCUGGUGGGCCUCUAGACCUGGCCUAGACUCUGAUUCAGUUUUGCUUACCAUAGGUAGAGGAAUGAAAACAUGUUCCCGUUGAGCCCAUCAAAGUCUGAAAUAGAGCCCAGAAGGGACUGAGCUACACCUGGUCUCUAGGAUCCUUCUCCUAGUGUCUUCAGUCUGAGAAGUCAAGCCUUCGUGGGAAUGUCCAAGCAGAGGUAUAACAAUCUCACUUAUUAGUUGGCUUUUGCUGCAUAGUAAAGAGCCAUGGGGUAUCAGUAAGCUCUUAUUCUCACAAGUCUACAGGUUAGCUGAAGUUGUUGUGUUCCACAUACCUCAUUCUACCAUCAGAGGGGCAGUGACUAGGUAAGACUGUUAAGGCUUAACUUCAGAACCUUCAUACUGAUGUUUCUCCCACAUUCCCCUAAUGAAAGCAAGACUCAUGGCCAAGCCAAAUAUCAAUGGGCAGGGGAUGAUACAUGGAGGCGAGGGAGGGGAAACAUGAAAGCAAUCUGAUAAAUCAGGGGUUGACAAGCUUUUUCUGUAAAGAGCCAGAUAGUAAAUAGUUCAGGGUUUGUAGGCAUCUGGUUUCUGUUGCACCUACUCAAGUUUGCCAUUGUAUCUCAAAAGCACAUGUAGACAGUACAUAAAGAAAUGAGCCUGGCUGUGUUCCAAUACCAAAAACCAAGUGAUGAGCAGGAUUUGGCCUGAUGGUUGUAGUUUGCCUGUAAUAGAUCAUAGUUUGUUCUUUGGUCACAAAUAUUAAAACCCCUCCCUACUUCUGAGAAUUCUAUUUUGUGAUAUUUAUUUAAGGCUCACAUGUAAAACAAUAUCAUUUGUUAUCUCCAUCCUCAGUAUCUCAAAUCAUAUGGCAAGUCUUCCUAUUUUAUCUUAAUUCCAUAUUCUCUGAAGCACAAAUCAAGCACAAAAUUCUUCAAGGUAUUUAUUGCCCAGGACACACCAUAGUAAAUUUUGAUAUGAAAACUUGGGAAGUGACUUCCAUGCCAUGUUGUUGUUG